AUGGCAAUGAAAAAAGAAGGCCCAGAACUUGCAGAAAGAUCCUCCUCAAACCCUAACAAACCUCACCGCCAUACCCUCUCUCCCUUCUCUGUCUGCUCCCCAAAACUCUCCCUCUAUAUCUUCUCAGCUUGUGCCACCCUCUUCGUCAUCCUCCACAUCCAAACCCUCCAAACCGACCAAAAUCCCACGUCGUCAUCAUGGUCCCUCAAGCACCAAUGGCAACGAGUCACCAACACCACCACCACCACCACCACCACCAUCGCCACAAUGGCCGAGAAGCUCCGCCAAGCGGUCACAUUUCUCCCGCUCAAAGAUCUACGCUACACUGGCCCGGCCGCCCUCGAGGGCCACACGUGGUUCAUGAGCUCCAUGUUCGACACGCAGGACGAGGAGGGCGGGGUCCAGUACCAGCAGUUCCCCUCGCCCUCCUCCCAUGGGCGGCUCCUCUGCCUCAAAGGCCGCGACAACCACGAUGGGUCCUGGAACUCCUACGCCCUCGCCUUCCCAGAAGCUCUCCCCCACAACACGACGCUCAUGAAAGGCUUGACGUUCGUGUCGUACAACCACUACAUCUACGACAACAUCUGGCACGCCCUGUCCGCUGUCGUGCCCUUCAUCUCGUGGCACAUAAAGAGUUCGUGUGCGGUCCCUGACCGGUGGGUUUUGUACUACUGGGGGGAGAUUAGGGCAAGGAUGGGAGUCUGGCUGGGGAGCUUGAUGGAGGCUACUUUCAGUGAGGCCCCGCGUGUCGAGGUGUUUGAUGACGUGGAGGAAGGGAGGGCCGUUUGUUUUGAGAAGGCUGUGGUGAUGAGGCAUAACGAGGGUGGGAUGUCGAGGGAGAAGAAGUUGGAGGUUUAUGAUCUGUUGAGGUGCAAAGCGAGAUUGUAUUGUAAUGUGAGCUUGGAUGAAGAAAAUUACAAGAGUACCCAUAGUGUAACAAAGAGAAUUGGAGUCACAUUGUUUAUGAGGACAGGGCCUAGAUCGUUCAAAAACGAAACCGCUGUGAUUGGGAUCUUUGAGAGGGAGUGUGCUAAGGUGGAUGGUUGUCGGCUCAUGGUGGCUUACUCUAAUAACCUCACUUUUUGUGACCAGUUAACCAACAUGUUCUUCAUGAACAGAAACAGCAGUGUCAUGGAGUUCUUCCCAAAAGGCAUGAGGCACAAAGGAGCAUGGCACGAUCCAGAUGGUGACACGCGUCAGUAUGGUGAAGAUGAUCAUCGAUUUAUGUCCAUCUACAAGGAUGGGAAAAUUGGACACAAUGAGACCUACUUUGCAGAGUGGACUAGAAAUGUUAUUGAUGAGGUGAAGACAAGGAAGAUAGAAGAAGCGAAAAUGGCUUUAGACGUGACAAACAUGGCAGAAAUUAAUGAGUGA